AGGCAAGGGAAAAGAAUUAGUCAGUAUCGGGAUGGCGGAGUCAAUAAUAUUACGAAGGGAGCAACAUUGAUAUAUUUACUGGGGAACAUUACCGUCUUCUUUUUUCUUUGCUUCCUUUUCAAAAAGUCGCGAAAUUCGUAAGAUCAAUAAUUACUGAAUAAUUACAGAAGAAAUAGUCCUUGGGAAGUGCUAGUCUGAGAGUAGUGAAAGAGAUAGAUUUAUAGGAGGCUCUCUUAUUAUUAAGAGGGAGCAGAGUUUGCCAGCUACAAAGUUAAUAAAAAGCUACCGAAAUUCUGAGAAAACUUGAUAUCCGUGGAGCCCUAGCUGGCUCGAGCGGCUCCAAUAAGAUGGGCAACAAUGCCACAAGUUCCAAUAAGAAGGUAGAUGCUGCAGAGAGCGUCAAAGAAUUCUUGGAGCAAGCAAAGGAAGAGUUCGAAGAAAAAUGGAAGAAGAAUCCAACAAAUACAGCAGCUCUUGAUGACUUUGACAGGAUCAAGACCCUUGGCACAGGUUCUUUUGGAAGGGUGAUGAUAGUACAACACAAGCCAACCAAGGAAUAUUAUGCUAUGAAAAUCUUGGACAAACAAAAAGUUGUUAAACUUAAGCAAGUUGAACAUACUCUUAAUGAAAAAAGAAUUUUACAGGCUAUAGAAUUUCCUUUUCUUGUUUCUCUCCGCUUUCAUUUUAAGGAUAAUUCAAAUCUUUAUAUGGUUCUAGAAUACGUACCAGGUGGUGAGAUGUUUAGCCAUUUAAGAAAAGUUGGCAGGUUUUCGGAACCACAUUCUAGAUUUUAUGCUGCGCAGAUAGUUUUGGCAUUUGAGUACCUGCAUCACUUAGAUCUUAUCUACAGAGAUUUAAAACCUGAGAAUCUCCUGAUUGACUCACAGGGUUAUCUCAAGGUCACAGAUUUUGGCUUUGCUAAGAAAGUCAAAGGUAGAACGUGGACACUUUGUGGAACACCUGAAUAUCUUGCUCCAGAAAUUAUUUUAAGUAAAGGCUACAACAAGGCUGUUGACUGGUGGGCCCUUGGAGUUCUUGUGUAUGAAAUGGCAGCAGGUUAUCCUCCUUUUUUUGCCGAUCAACCUAUUCAAAUAUAUGAGAAGAUAGUCAGCGGCAAAGUUAGGUUUCCAACACAUUUUGGUUCAGAAUUAAAAGAUCUUUUACGUAGUCUACUCCAGGUGGAUCUGACCAAGAGGUUUGGUAAUUUGAAAGCUGGAGUUAAUGAUAUCAAGGGGCAUAAGUGGUUUACCAGUACUGAUUGGAUUGCUGUCUUCCAAAAACGAAUCGAGGCACCGUUUAUACCAAGAUGCAAGGGACCUGGUGACACUAGCAAUUUCGAUGACUACGAAGAAGAGAUAUUAAGAAUCUCAUCAACAGAAAAGUGCGCCAAGGAGUUUGCUGAAUUUUGAAAAGUUAUUAGAUUACAAAGUUAAUGCAAUAUCAGCUAUCAGCUGUACUUAUUAAGGAGUUGUAGAACAGAGGA